AUAGAAAAACCUCAAUUCUUCCUAAAUUGCAUUUUUUCCUCCUCUUAUUAUUAUGUUUUUGAUAUGAUUUGUGAUUCUCAUGAUUCUCUCACAUUAAAACCCUUUUUUUCUUCCUCUCAUCUCUCUAUCACUCUUUUUUUGAGGGAAUGUUGUAGAAAACCAUGAAAACAUCUAGUAAGACUUUUCAUGACAAGUUUCACAAUUAUGGCCAACGGGAAAGCUGUUCAACCCUAUUGAUUAAGGGGUUCCCUUAUAUUUUGUCAUCUCUAUUGAUAGUCACCAUUUUGAGUUUCUUCUUCCUUUAUUCUCCAAAUUCUUUAACCCUUGUGCCUAAUCAAAGCCAUGAUGAAAUCAUUGAAAAUCACUCCCAAAAACAAGAACAUGAACAUGCCAAAACCUUUGUGGCUAAUCAAGACCAUGAAAUCAUCGAAGAACAUCAACAUGCCAAGGUAUCAACACUUCCACCAUCCAAACCACAUAAGGAGAAGAAAACUUGUGACUUGUUUAAGGGACAUUGGAUUAGAGGUUUAAGAGGGUCAUCAUAUUACACAAAUUCAAGUUGCCCUACAAUUCCUGAUAGCAAAAAUUGUUUCAAGAAUGGAAGAAUUGAUAGUGAUUUUCUUAAUUGGAAAUGGAAACCUGAGCAAUGCGAGCUUCCAAUGUUUGAUCCUAAAAUUUUUCUCAACAUGGUUCGUGGCAAGAAAAUGUCUUUUAUAGGUGAUUCUGUGGCUAGGAACCAUAUGGAUUCUCUUCUAUGCCUCUUGUCACAGGAGGAAAUUCCAAAGGAUAUACACAAGGACUCAGAAGAUAGGUUUAGAACAUUUUAUUUCCCUAACUAUGAUUUCACUCUCAUGAUGCUAUGGAGCAGAUUCCUUAUAGUAGGUGAAGAAAGAAUGGUAAAUGGAACAGGAACAAGCGUUUUCGACUUGAAUUUCGAUAAAAUAGACGAAGAUUGGGCGAAAGUAAUACCAGAAUUGGACUAUGCAAUAAUUUCAGAUGGACAUUGGUAUUUCAGAUUAAUGUAUCUUCAUCAAGGUGGUAAAUUAAUAGGUUGUGUUUAUUGCAAUGAAAAAAAUGUGAAAAAUUAUGACAUAGAUUUUCCUUUAAGGUUAUCUUUUGAAAAAGCAUUGAACUACAUUAACAAUUGCAAAGAAUGUAAGAAAGGAAAAUUGUUAACAAUUUUGAGGACAUUUGCACCAGCCCAUUUUGAGAAUGGAGUUUGGAACACUGGAGGGUAUUGUAAUAGGACAAGUCCUAUGAAUGAAGGUGAAGUUGAUUUAGGAAAAUUUGAAUGGAAAUUAAGAAAUGUUCAAAGGGAAGAGCUUAUGAAAGUUAAAAAUAAUAAUAAAGGGAAAAUUAAGUUUGAAAUUUUGGAUGUAACAAAUGCUAUGAUGAUGAGACCAGAUGGACAUCCUGGUGAACAUUGGGGUAAUAAAUGGAUGAAAGGUUAUAAUGAUUGUACUCAUUGGUGUUUGCCUGGUGCUAUUGAUAUUUGGAAUGAAUUAUUGUUAGCUGUUCUUCAAAGGGAUGGUGAUGAAGAUAUGAUGAUGAGUUUUGGAUUAGAGUCAUCAUCAAAUACAAGAUGA